AUGCUUUCAUUGAAAAAAGUGGUUCAAUCCUCUUCUUCUUUAAUUCGCCGAGGUUAUGCAGCAACAGCUCAACAAGUAAAUGAUGGGAUUCAACAAGGCGUUGCUUACUCUAAAUUAUUAAAGAGAGAUCCCGAAGAAGCAUUUCGCUCACCUGAACUUGCUCAUAUGAGUGCAUCCGAUAUUGAGACAAAAAGAAUGAACUUGUUUCAAGCUGUCAAUGAUGCCAUGUCUAUUGCACUCACUACAGAUGAUAAAGCAGUUGUGUUUGGUGAAGAUGUUUCUUUUGGUGGUGUAUUCAGAGCUACGUCAGGAUUAGCUGAACAAUUUGGACGUGAUCGCGUAUUCAACACCCCUUUGACAGAACAAGGAAUUGCAGGUUUUGCUGUUGGUAUGGCAUCUGUUGGACACACUGCCAUUGCAGAGAUUCAAUUUGCAGAUUAUAUCUUUCCUGCUUUUGAUCAGUUAGUAAAUGAAGCUGCCAAAUACAGAUAUCGUUCUGGUAAUCAAUUUAAUGUUGGCGGACUCACGAUUCGUUCUCCUUCUUCUGCUGUUGGUCAUGGUGGUCAUUACCAUUCUCAAAGCCCUGAAGCCUUCUUCACACAUUGUCCUGGAUUAAAGAUUGUUACACCCAGAAGUCCGAUUCAAGCAAAAGGUUUGCUUCUAGCUUCUAUUCGUGAUAGAAAUCCAGUUAUCUUCUUUGAACCCAAGAUUCUUUAUAGAGCUGCCGUUGAAGAAGUCCCAGUUGGUGACUAUGAACUGCCUUUGGGAAAAGCUGAAGUAAUUAAGAAGGGUACGGAUGUCACUGUGAUCGGAUAUGGUUCUCAGAUUUACACGUUGGAAAAUGCGAUACAGUUGGCUGAAAAGAAGAUGCCCGGCCUAAGUUGUGAAUUGAUUGACUUGCGUACCAUCUUGCCUUGGGAUGUAGAAACAGUGGUAGAAUCUGUAAAGAAGACAGGUCGAUUGGUAAUUGCCCACGAAGCUCCUAAGACAGCUGGUGUAGGUGCCGAAAUUGCUUCGACUGUUAUGGAACAUUGCUUCUUAAACUUGGAAGCACCCAUCCAACGAGUGUGUGGUUGGGAUACACCAUUUCCUUUAGUGUUUGAGAAAUUCUACAUGCCAAGCAUGAUUAGAUGCUUUGAUGCUAUUAAAAAAGUUACAGAGUAUUAG